GUAGUAAAUAAACCCUAGAAAAUCUUAAACCCACGUCCAUAGGAUUUUUCCCCUCAUUUUGCAGAAGCUCAAGAUCGUAUCAGUAAUGGCUAGUUCAACGAUUGUAUCAAGAUUAUCAUCGUCAACUCGAUUACCUGCUCUCACUGUCAAGCUGAAAACCAGCGGAUCAGUGUUACCCACAAUUUCCCCAUUGAAAUCGAGCUCCCCAUCUCAAGUUUCUUCUUCAAUGAAGCGCAUUUCUGGGAUCUCAAGGUUAGAUUUUUUUAGAGUAGUGUUUUAUGAUUCUGUGUUUGGGUUGUGUAAGGGAAAGAAUUGAAGUGAAAAAUUUUGGGCUUACUAAUUUUUGGAUGGAGAGUGUGAGAGAUUUUGUUCAUGUUUCACUGAAUUUGAGGGUUGUUAUUGAGAUACAAGAAAAUGGUGUUGAAUUUUAAGGGAAAUGAUAUUCAUAGAUUCUCGAGUUGAGAAAUGAAUUUUCUAGGCAAUUAAUGAUCAGCAGGGUUUGUAUCUUAUUUGUUCUUUCUUUUAUACAUGAUUUGGGAGCAAUGAGGGGUUCAAGACCUGAAUCAAAUGGAGCAAGUUUUUGAUACUUUUGAUAUAACUUUGGUUUUCUUAUGGGCAUUAAGGUUACCGGUGGAGCUGAGCUGCUUAAUCUCUAUGCUGCCGUUGCAUAGCGUGGUAGCCUCUGCUCGCCUAAGAUCAUUACUUUCCAUUGAAUCUCUGAGCUGGAGCUUGAUUCCACAAGGUAACUCCUUACCUUUAUGACAGAAGCCUUGUGUUGAAGAUUGUCAGAAUGGCCUUAUUUUCAUUGCCAUGAAGUUUUUGUUUGUCUUGAACCUCAAUCCGAAAGGGUAAUAGUUUUCUGUUGUUUCUCAUGAUGUAACCAAUACUUUGUAGCUUGGCUGUUCAGAAACCAGAAAAUAUGGAUUGGCAACAAAGAGAACAUGAUUAACUUUUAGUUGAGCUAAUUGAAUCCUAGCAGUUGCUAAAUAAAAUUUUUGCAAAGAU